AUGGCGGCCGCGGGAGAUCCUCUCCAAGGUCAAGCACGUCCAGGCCAAGCCUGCUGGCCGCCCUCGCGGGUGACUGCCUCCGCGGUGACGACGACGGCCUCGUCAUCCCCGGAGACCGCGGCGCCCCUCAAGGCCGACCUCCGCCACAUGAGUGAUCCGUCGAUCUCGUCUCUCCAACCAUUCAGUUCUCGCCGCUUCAAUUCCUUCGAUUCAACAAGAUACUGUGUACCACUUCGGUGUUCCGGAGGCACGCACGAGUUCGACCUGGACAAGCCGCCGGUGCUGCAGGAGGUGGCGGAUUUCUUCAGUGGCCACGGAAUCGAGGACUUCACCUUCAGCAGGGGCAGGCUGUCAGAAUGGCAGUGCCGGGCAAAGCUAGCGGUAUGCGGAACACCAGAGAAACCACUGAUUGGCCUGUAUCAGGAAUGGACACAUACUGUUCAAGAUAUUCCCGAUUGCGGAGGUAGGACAGGAGGAACAGCGACAAGCGAUGGGAUGAAGCCCGGCCAUGGAAACCCAUCGCAGCCUUCAAGACCUUGA